AUGGAUAAUCAAGAAGAUGACUACGAGCUUGGGAAAUGACUAAGUCAAUUUGGCCAAGUAAAGAAGAGAUCACGCAAAAACACUCUUAGUUUUGAUAUGAGUGGGAAAGCAACCAGGAAAGGGUCUGUAGGUCUAUCAAGAAGUACUCAAGGAGCAUUAGCGACUAAUUUUAAGGUAAAUAAGUCCAGUCGAUAUGGGAGAGAGGGUGAGAUUAAGACUAGAUUUCCCAGAGUUAGGUUUUCGAAAGAUUUAGAGAAAGUACUAGAGCAAAACCAAGAUGAUUCAUCCCCGACUCGUGAAAUAAGAAUUAACAUCAAGAAAAGUUUUAUGAAUAAGCUAAGAAGAGCCACCGUGAAAAUCAAAUAAAGGAGAAAUACAGAAGCGGUUUUACAAAAACAGGCCCGAUAAUAACUCAAUACUCUCUCAUCGCUAUAUUCCUUCCGUUAGUCCUGCUGAAGACUCAUCUUAUUCCAUGCUUCCAUCGUCUCUGACUCAGAAGCCAUACCUUCGAAACCCUUCUAUUCCACACAAAGACCAAAUCUCCCUGUUGCUUUCCAGUGUGAUCAAAUAACGACUGAAUUGAUAAGUUUAGAGAGAAAUUGGGCCUGGUUAGUACUCCUUAUGGUGAAUUCAUGCAGCCCCAGAAGAAAGAAAAGAGGAUAAAGAAACAAGGCAAAGCGUUAACAAAGAAAAUUGAAUUUUCUAACUCAAUCAUUAACAGCCAAAGGUGUCUUAACUCCUACAAAAUAACUAGAAAAAAGCAAAGAUACUAUGUUAAGGACUAUAAAGAUGUUGAAGAAUAUGAUUGGCAUAUCUAAAAGUAUCCUACCCUCAUAAGUAAUUCACUCAAAAGAGGAGCAAGCAAUGGAUCCCCUCAGCUCUCU